AUGUCAUACUACAGCCGAGAACGGGAUUGGGAUGACACCCGCCCCGUCACAAUCAAGCGCUAUGUCGUUCCCCCCGAAGACGACCGUCGAGACUUCAUGUCGAGACACGAGGAUCCAUAUGCCGGCGAGCGCGAGAUGGUAAUUCGCCGCAAGACGGAUCGCGAUGAGCCCGUGAGCAUCCAGCGCUACGAACGAGAAGUGGACUAUGAGACCCCCGCGCGCUAUGAGCGAUACUACGAAGAACUGGAGCCACCCCUGACCCGAGAGCCACCGCUGAUUCACGAAGCUCGCCAUGCCUACACCAGUCCCCGGGAAUCUGACUAUGACGUCGUGCGCCGCUCCGAAGCCGACGAGGACCCUUACUACUAUCAUCGCCACCGCCGAGUGCGCGAGUACGAUGACCGACGCUCUCGGCGGGAGUUGAGUCCCAGUGAUUCCAUCUCGCAGACCAGUCGUCGGCGCGAUCGUGACCAGGACUACAGCAGUGAUGAUAGCAUGGUAUACAUUCGCAAGGAGACUCACGGCCAAGAGGACCACGCCCACCACCGUCGUCACAUGCUAGAAGGUGCCCUGGUAGGUGCUGGCGCAGCCGAGCUGAUGCGCAGCCGGAGCAAGAAGGACGGCGAAUCUACUCACGGUGCCAGUCGAAUCGGCAAGACGGUUGGUGCCGGUGCGCUGGGCGCAGUGGCUGUCAACGCUGCUUCCCGCGCACGCGAAUACUACCGCAGCAAGAGUCGUCACCGUUCUCACUCCUUCGAUGAUAACCGGUCUCACCACUCCCACCGCCACAGUAGACACAGCUUGCACAGUCACAGUCAUCACAGUCGAAGCCGCAGCCGUUCCCAUUCACACUCGCGGGCCAAGACCCUCCUCGAGCUGGGCGUUGGUGCCGCCGCCGUGGCCGCUGGUGUGGCUGCCCUGCGUAGCAAGUCUAAUGCCGGAGAACGCAAGGGCCGAUCCCGCACUCGCUCGCGCUCUCGCGCUGCCAGCCGUGGCCGCUCCGAGAAGGGCGAGAAGGACGACGACCGCAACAUGUCCGAACGCCGCAAGCACAUGGCCGGCGCCGGUUUGGCCGGUGCAGCCGCUGCAGGCAUCGUCGAGAAGAUCCGCAGCCACUCGCGCUCCCGGAAGGGUGAACGUUCUCGCAGCAAGAGCCGCCUCAGACAAGCUCUGCCAAUUGUCGGUGCUGGUCUCGCAACUGCCGCUGCCACGGGUCUGUACGAGAAGAAGAAAGGCGAGAAAGACGAGAAAGACGGCCACAGCCGCGGCCGACACCGCUCCAGAUCUCGCAGCCGCGCCCCAUCACAGUCUUACCCCGACCCAGCCCGCGACUCCGCCGGUCUGAUCGAGUACGGCAACGACCCAGUCUCAGGCAGCAUCCCCGCCGAGCACUACUACGGCCAGCCGGGCUCCAGCCAGCCCUAUCUGGAAGGACCUGAGUCCUACAGCACGCGGCGUCACUCUCGCAGCCGAAGCCGCAGCCGCGGAGGCCGCUACACCAGUUCCUCAGGCUCGGACCGUGACCGCAGCGACCGACGCCGGAAGCACCGCAGCCGCUCGCGCGACCUCGCCGGUGCAGCUCUCGGUGCCUCUGGUCUCGGAUACGCCGCACACAAGUUCAACGAGCGACGCAAGUCCAAGUCCAGGGAGAGAGAACGCGAACGCGAACCCGCUCACGCACGCUACAACGAUCGCAAUGACCAUGCUCGCGACCCUUACGAGGAAUCCUACGAUCCAGAGCCUUACGCUCCCUACCCUCCCUCCCCACAUGGUCCUCCCCCAAUGCCUGACCACUACUACCCCAAUGGACCUCAAUUUCCCCCUCCCCCUGGCGACUCAACUCACAACCUGAAUGCUACCCCUGCCCCAUACAACCCGGCCGAUUAUCCCCCACCCCCUGGUGCUGCACCUCCCUCGCAGCCGUACGCCUACGGCGCAGGUCCAGAACAGUACCGGCCUCGUAGAGCCGAUGACAAUGUGAGAUCCCCAAUUAUCCACGAGGGUUUAAGCAAACCCCUCUCAAGACCGAAUAGUCAUCCUGCGUCGAAAUCUGUCGCUUUCGAUCUUGACAAUGCCUCUGAUAUUGGGUAUGAGUCGGAUGAUAGUACUUCCACCAUUGAGCCGCAUGGCGGCGGCCAUGAUCAUCGUCGUCGUCGUUCUUCGUCGGUGCCUCACUCUGUGCAUGGCAGCGGGGGUUCUAAAGGUUCUGAUUCUUCGGAUUCAACCAUUGACUUGCCCAACCGGUUUGAUGGCCAAGGCCGACUUCUAGAUCGGGAUCCUGCCGUUGAGAAAUUUGAGGACUUGAUCAAUCGCUUUACGAAGGUUCUGUUCUAG